ACAGCUCUUUUGUCACCCCCAGGUGACCACCAUGAUCUCCUGGGUGUUCUUGGCCUGUGCCCUUCCAUGUGCUGCUGACCCGAUGCUUGGAGCCUUUGCUCGCAGAGACUUCCAGAAGGGUGGCCCUCAACUAGUCUGCAGCCUGCCUGGUCCCCAAGGCCCACCUGGCCCCCCAGGAGCACCAGGAUCUUCAGGAAUGGUGGGAAGAAUGGGUUUUCCUGGCAAAGAUGGCCAAGAUGGCCAGGAUGGAGACCGGGGGGACAAUGGGGAAGAAGGUCUACCUGGCCGGACAGGCAACCGUGGGAAACAAGGACCAAAGGGCAAAGCUGGGGCCAUUGGGCGAGCUGGCCCUCGAGGACCCAAGGGCGUUAGCGGUCCCCCCGGCAAGCAUGGGACACCGGGCAAGAAGGGACCUAAGGGCAAGAAAGGGGAACCUGGCCUCCCAGGGCCCUGCAACUGCGGCAGUAGCCGUGCCAAGUCAGCCUUUUCCGUGGCGGUGACCAAGAGCUACCCGCGGGAGCGACUGCCCAUCAAGUUUGACAAGAUUCUGAUGAAUGAGGGUGGCCACUACAAUGCCUCCAGCGGCAAGUUCAUCUGCAGCGUGCCGGGGAUCUACUACUUCACCUACGACAUUACGCUGGCCAACAAACACCUGGCCAUCGGCCUGGUGCACAACGGCCAGUACCGCAUUCGGACUUUUGAUGCCAACACCGGCAACCAUGACGUGGCCUCGGGCUCCACCAUCCUGGCUCUCAAAGAGGGUGACGAAGUCUGGCUUCAGAUCUUCUACUCAGAGCAGAACGGACUCUUCUACGACCCUUACUGGACUGACAGCCUCUUCACGGGUUUCCUCAUCUACGCUGACCAAGGAGACCCCAAUGAGGUAUAGACAAGCUGCAGUUGCCUCCAGGCAGGGACUGAGAUUCUGGGCGGGUGCUGGUGGACAAUGACCCCUGGCAUUCGGCUGGGGGCUGGCAGUCUCAGGAGCUUUUAUUCCCAGGCAAGCCUCCUCUAUUG